AUGGCUGAGGCUAAGAGCGGCGACAAAGUCCUUGCGGAUGUCCAGAAAUUUGACAAGGAGAAGGGCCUAAAACACGUUGAGGUUACUGAGAAGGUUGUCCUCCCCGACAAGGAUGGUACGCCAUUCUAUCUUAUUGAUAUUUUUUUAGCUAUUGAGAAGGAAAAAACAGAAGUCAGUCUCCGACAGGAAAUUGAACAGGGAAAGGAUCUGAAGCACGUUAAAACUACGGAGAAGAAUGUCCUUCCAACCAAACAAGAUAUCGAGGCCGAGAAGAAGUCCAGUUGA